CUCGUCAGUUGCGAUGUGACGAGCCCUCCGGUUGCGUGCGUUACAUUUGACCUUUUCUUGUGGAUUUAAAUGGGAUUUACCUUCGUAAAUGUUCAGUAUGAUGUUCCUAUUGAGCUGUUCAAUGUACUCGGCUCUCCAUCAUCAGCAGGGCACUUGGUUCUGCGGCUGAGGCAGUAACAGGCACAGGCAGCUGCUGGAAUGUUCCGACAGGGCAGCAACAGUGGCAAUAAGCGUUUGACAAGCGGUGCUCAUCUUUCCUGCCCCAGCAUCGUGCCCCCAUCACCCGGCUCCAACAAAACACUAGAAAUGGGCCGCAGCUCUAAGACAAACCACCUGAGUGCUAUGGGACUAGACCAAACCAUCGCCCCUGGAGGAGACCCAGACUACAUCAUGCAACUGGUCAAUGAUGUGCGCAAGUUUUCUGAUAUGCUGCUGAGCCUUAAAGAGGCUUUCCACUCCAAAGAAACUCAAGAGUGCUCGCAGCGCGUGGUUAAUGAGCGACUUGGGGAGCUUGUAUGCGUGUUAAAGGACGUCAUUGGCAAACACCACACACUCAACUCAUCAGAAAUUCUCGGUGCUGCAGGCACUGUUAUCUCCAAAGUCAAAGGCGUGAACUUCAAGGACAUCAAUAAAGAAAACCAAGGCACCAUUUUUGGUGAGAUAUACACAUCGAUCGACACAUUGGCUUUCACGUUUGGCAAUGUAGUGUCUGACUUCCUUAUGGGAGAUGUGGACAGUGGCUCAAAGUUGGGGUACCCCCAAGCCAGAAGAAGUUGUUCUUUUGAAAACCUCUCUGAAGAUUCAGCAGGAUGCAAUGAAGAGAGAAACGAUCUGGCAGAUCCGGCUCUGUCCUCUCCAGAGUUGUCCCCUGUUGAGCAGGUGGACCUGCUUCUACUGAGGAAUGACAGUGGAGUAGAGUCGGCUUUACUCUAUGCCAAGGCCUGGUCCAAAUACACCAAAGAUGUGCUGGCCUGGGUGGAGAAACGCCUCAGUCUGGACAUGGAAUGUGCCAAAAGCUUUGCCAAGAUGGCAGAAUCUGCAAAGGCAGUGGCAAGUCAACAGGACUACAUGCCAUUUCGGGAUAUUUAUGUCUCUGCCUUUAAGAAUGAGAUUGAGUACAAUCAGGUUCUGCUCCAAACAGCUGCAGCUCUACAAACCAACAAAUUCGUACAGCCGCUGCUCGCCCGUAAGAAUGAUCUGGACAAGCAAAGGAAAGAGACAAAAGAACAAUGGCAAAGAGAGCUGAAGAAAAUGAGCGAGGCGGAGAGUGCGGUGAAGAAGGCUCGGCUGCUGAAGGUGCAGAAGAGGGAGGAGUAUGAGAAGGCACGCAGCUCCACCAGCCGCAUUGAGGAGGAGCAGCCGGCAGCGGGAGGCAGGACUCUCGAGAAGAAACGGAGGGUAGAAGAAGAGGCUCUACAGAGGGCAGAGGAAGCGCAGGAGCAAUAUAGAGCAUGUGUGGCUGAUCUAGAGGCAAAGAAGGUCAGCUUGUCUAAUACCAAGAGUGAGAUCCUCGGUCAGUUACGCAAACUGGUCUUCCAAUGUGACCUGACCCUCAAAGCGGUGACAGUGAACUGGUUCCAGAUGCAACAGGCUCAAACUGUGCUUCUGCCUGUCAACUACCAAGCUCUGUGCGAACAGGCCAAAAAGUAUGAGCCUGGUCAACGCUAUUCUGAGUUUGUGUGCAGCCUACCCAAAGAGCGUGUGUGGCUAGAGUCUCUGUCUCAGGACAUCACCGCUCCCUCAAAAACUGGAAUGUCCUUCCAUAAGAGGUCUGUGAGCAGUCCCCACUCUUCCCAUGGGAAUCUGUCCCAGAGCUCUCUUACAUCCGGGGAUAACCCCAGUGCAGAUGAGGUCGAGGGGACUGUACAACCCUGCAAGGCCAAGAUUGCAGAGAGACGCUCCAAUAGCAGUGUAGACAUACAAGCAGUAAAGCCACAGGGCUCGCAGCGGGCUUGGAGUUCCGGCAGUGCUGGUGGAGGAGGGAUGUGCAGUGACUCAGAAAGCGCUGGAGGAAGUAGUGAGUCUCGUUCAGUGGACUCCCCCACAGCCAGUCCAGGGGAUUUCAAACGCAGGCUUCCCAGAACUCCCUCAACUGGUACCAUGUCUUCUGCGGAUGACCUGGAUGAGAGGGAGCCAUCUUCCCCAUUAGAUAAUGGUCUUGCUGAGAUGGUGUUGGAAACGGCCAGUUCUCCCAGGCCAUUCCGAAAUACUCAGAUGUCAAAAGCAGCCCACACCCACAAGUUGCGUAAACUGCGAGCGCCCUCCAAAUGCAGAGAGUGUGACAGCCUGGUGGUGUUCCAUGGUGCUGAGUGUGAGGAGUGCUCCUUGGCCUGUCAUAAGAAAUGCCUGGAGACUCUUGCCAUUCAGUGUGGUCAUAAGAAGCUCCAGGGUAGACUGCACCUGUUUGGAAUCGACUUUACCCAGGUGGCUAAGAAUAGUCCUGACGGCAUCCCCUUUAUCAUCAAAAAAUGCACCUCUGAAAUCGAAAGUCGUGCCCUGAACAUUAAGGGCAUUUACCGGGUGAAUGGUGCAAAGUCUCGUGUGGAAAAGCUGUGCCAGGCCUUUGAGAAUGGAAAAGACUUAGUGGAGCUUUCUGAUCUCCACCCACAUGACAUAAGCAACGUGCUCAAGCUUUACCUGAGACAGCUGCCGGAGCCAUUGAUUCUGUUUCGGUAUUAUAAUGAUGUCAUCGGGUUGGCAAAAGAGACUCAAAACAUCUUGGUGGAUGAGACUGACUCAGCUAAAGGUAAAUCAUCAGGAGAGCAGCUGUGCCUUAGUAUUGAGCUCAAGAGAGUCAUCUUCAAAAUCAGAGAUCUGCUUCGCCACCUUCCUGCGGCCCAUUACAAAACCCUGCAGUUCCUCAUUGCUCAUCUGCACAGAGUAACAGAGCAAGCUGAGGAGAACAAGAUGACCGCUAGCAACCUGGGUAUCAUCUUCGGUCCCACACUCAUCAAGCCCAGGCAGUUGGAUGCGGAAGUGUCACUGUCCUCUCUGGUUGACUACCCACACCAGGCCCACAUGGUGGAACUGCUCAUCAAACACAAUCAGAUGAUCUUUGACAUGCCCCUUAGUCCCGUGUCUCCCACCAGUCCAACGGCACCACAGGCUUUGCCCAACAUACCGGACAAAGAGCCAAAACUCAGCCGCCACUCCAGAUCGCUCAUGGAUAUCAAAGAGAGUGCUAAGGUCUUCAAGAGACACUCGUCUGUAAUUUCCUCCACACUGUUGAUGGAGGCGGUAAAGGCUGGGGAAGACAGAGCGCAAACACCUGCAGGUGAUGGAUCAGACAUGAACGGGGUUGGUUCAGCUCCUGCAGAGAUACAGAAAUCCACAUCUGUGUUCAGCCGGCCCAGUGCCAGCAGCCGAAUGGUGCAGCUGCGUCCCCAGCGCUCCAAACAGGUGUCUCGACCCAUGAGUAUGCCUGUGGACCGACUGCUUAAAGAGAGUAACAGCCGCAACACAGCAGAGCCCGACUGCCCCCCCGCUGCCAUUCAGGAGACCACAGAACCAGAGAAGCCUUCAACACCACGACUCACCAACUACUACAGGAACCCAUUCAUUGACACUCAGACGCUGAGGAGGACCUGGGACAAACAGUACAGGCAUUACAAUGUGACGCCCAGAACGGCAAUGAUAGUGGCCAACCUUCCGCCCUCUGGUGUAACGGAUAAAGCUAAAUCUUCUGAGACUGUUCCAGGAACAGGCAGCAUCUAUAUAACACCCCACAGCAGCCCUUAUACCUGCAGUCCUGACAGAGCCACUAAGAAAGAUGGUACUGGUCAGCCAAGCACAGCACCGAUAACCUUCAGAGCACCACGGAUGUUAAAACCCCCUCCUGGAAUUUUCUUUAAACCUCCUUCAGGAAGCCAGAUCAGGUCAUUUGUUUCAGUGGCACCAACCACUACCACCGGAACUGUUUAUACAACAGCCAUUACCAUAGUUCCAACAGUGGCCAUGGCAACCAUUGCGACAGUCUCCAGAACAGUGGACACGCCCCCCAGCACACCUACAAUGACUACAGCUACAAUGGUAGCCAAACCGACUGUUACAACUACACUGUCAGCAGGCACUGUAUUAGUGCAGACAGGAGGAGUGGAGGAGAGACAGUCGGAGUGUGAUUCACUCAGUCCUGUCACAAUCUCGCCCCCUCAGUCUCUGAGCUCCAGUGCUGAGGAGCUCAGCCCCACAGAGGUCAAACCACUGUACCCAAGACGAAGUCGCCGUAUGCAUGAACUGGAGUACAGAGAGGCCCACUUUGUUUAAACAUGUAUCCUCUAGGACAGUGUUCAGCUUUUGCCAUGCUUGGUACAAUAUCCUCCUCAUGUAUUACAAUCGGCAAGUGACUAGAUAAUCCACAGACUGUGGUCAUAUGAUUAUUUGAUCAUUUUAAUAGCAUGAUUUAAAGAGACUAGUUCACGAGGGUGAGUAAAUAUAAAAAAUGACAGAAUUUUCAUACUUUGUUGAAUUACCCCUUUAAGUCUAAUAGACCUGUCAAUGCCUUAUUUUCAAAUGUAUGUAUUUGUAUGUAAAGUGUUUUUCUUGUGCCAUACUGUAUAUAUGAAAUGUUUUUAUAUCCCUUUGAGAAAGGGAAAAAAUAUUUGAGAUGAGACGACACAUGAAACGUCUCGGAAAUUCUGUAUAUGAAGAGCUGUUGUCUGUUAAUGUACUGUUAAGCUUCUGUUUGAGCCAGAAAAUGCAGCAAAGGUCCAAAACAUUUGUGACAUUUACUUAUUCAAAAGUGAGCACUCUUUUGGGUUAUUUUUUGGGGUAUUUUAUCUGUACUUUUAUGCCAGUCAGCAUAUUAUCCCCUUUACUAUGAUAAAAUUACCAUCCAGAGGUUCCAAGGGAUACUGCUUGUAUAAGUAAAUAAUUAAAUAUAUGAAUGUGUUAUGAAAAAAGAUGUUACGUGUUAAAUAUCCUGGAAUUCAUUUAGUAUUGUCUGUACUUUCAUGCCAACAUGCUCAUUGUGAUGCACUUGCUAAGCCUAAUUGAUAGAUGUGACCUGAAUUUUUUACAUACUCUACUUUUAAAGCUAUGCCACCGCAUGUUGAUAACACGCAGUUACUGCCAGCUAUUUUAUUUGUUUAUGCUGUAGUAAAUCUCUUGGAAACACGGUGCUGCUAAUGCAUGUUUUUAGGCAGAGUAAGUGCAUCUGUUUCUGUUUUAUUUCUGAAUUAUAUGCAUUUGUUUACAUUUUAUACAGUACACAUAACCCGCUGCCAUAAAUAUCUGACUAUAUACAAACCUUGAAGACAUGCAAUGUUUUUGCAUAUUAAAUACUUAAAAAAAUAA